AUGUUGUCGUCUGAAGUCCGGCGGAAAUUACCUCUGGAUACACCUCCUGUGUUUGUUGGUAAUUCAAGACAGCUGCAGAGUUUUUUGCAUCAAUUCCAGAACGAAAACGAAACGGUUCGUUUAUGUGUUGAGAUCAAAGAAAAAGUUCAAAAGGGAGUUGUUGAUGAAGACGAAGAUCGAGAUGCAUGUCCUAGUCUAGUCCCUGAAGAACAAGUGCGCCAAGAUCGUCCGCAACAAGGUGUUGAAGUUGGACAAGACGAAGAAAUGCAUGAUGAAGAAGAGGAUUUGUCAACCAGAUUUGAUGGAUGCGAAGAUCCUGAUGGUGCAAGUUCCGAUGACGAAGAGUACGGUAGACGUGAGAAACGUCCAGAUGGUGAAAGUUCAGAUGAGGAGGAGUCGCUAAAUCUACCACCGAAGAAAAGGGGAACGACUACAAUUCCCGACUUUCAAAGUCUAGAGCUUUCAUCUUUAGACUUAGCCGUUGGCCAGCGUUAUGAAACAAAAGAGGACUUCGAGAUGCGACUCAAAAUUCUUUCCAUUGCUCACAAAUUCGACUACAAUGUCGAUCAUUCGAGUAAGAAAUUGCUAACUGUUAAGUGUUGGGUAGAUGGUUGCAAAUGGAGGGUUCGCGCUUCAACUGUUGGGAGCAGCAAAUGUUUUUGGGUUAAAACUUAUACUCGAGAACACACGUGUUCUGUGACUGUGCGAUCACAACGCACCCGCCAUGCAACCCAUGAGGUUCUAGGCCGUCUAUAUAAGGACUUCGUCGGCGGUGUUGGCCCAAAAGUCUUACCAAAUCACGUCGCCGAAGCUCUGACCAAACGAUAUAGUAUAAAGGUUGACUAUUGGAAAGCACAUCGGGCCCUAAAGUAUGCUCGAGAACUAGUAUCAGGGACGUUUGAAAGUGGUUAUGAAGAUCUGUCUUCAUACUUAUAUAUGAUUCGGCGAGCAAAUACGGGUACACUAAUCAAGCUAGAAGUUGAUGAGGAAGAUAGAUUCAAAUUUAUGUUCCUCUCAUUUGGCGCAAGCAUACAGGGGUUUCCCUUCAUGAGGAAAGUGGUAGUGGUCGACGGUACGUUUUUACAUGGAAAAUACAAAGGUACACUACUACUCGCCACCACGCAAGAUGGAAACUUCAACAUUUUUCCCAUAGCCUUUGCUGUUGUUGAUACUGAGAACGAUGAGUCUUGGGAAUGGUUUUUUACACAACUACACCGUGUUAUUCCUGAUGAUGAAGGACUUGCCAUUAUUUCUGAUAGGCAUAAAUCCAUAGGAAAUGCUAUAGGGAAGGUUUAUCCUCUUGCUAGUCGGGGUAUUUGUACAUAUCAUCUCCAUAAGAACAUUAUGGUGAAAUUCAGAGGCGCUGAAACAUUCAAGCUUGUUAAGAAGGCUGCCACUGCUUAUAGACUUCUCGAGUUCAAUGCCCUUUUUGCUCAGAUUCAAGAGGCAAAUCCUGCACUGCAUGCAUACUUGGUGAAGGCAGAUAUUUGUUUGUGGAGUCGUGUACACUUCCAAGGUGAUAGGUACAAUUUCACCACUAGCAACAUAGCGGAGUCAUUAAACAAGGUGCUAUCUGCUGCAAGAGGUAAGCCUAUCGUACGACUAGUGGAUGAUAUAAGGAGUCUCCUGACCAGGUGGUUUGCUAAAAGACGUGUGAAUGCCAAUAACAUGGCUACCACUCUAACAACGGGCGUUGAAAAGUUGCUGGAAGUAGACACUACUUUACCUUGUAGACUUUUUAUUAUUUGGUAG